GUACGCGACGGACGUCGUCGACUGUUAUUUUCUUUCGAUAAUAAUUUUAUAAACAAUCGGUACAAUUUUUAUUUAUCAAUUAAAAAGUGACUGUUGGCAGCUCAUCUGGUGUUUUCUGUGACUGUACGUGGACUGACAGUUUCAGGAUGGUGUUAUAGAAUUUAUUUUGACAAGUGCACGUGUGUUGUGUUGUAUUUAUAUGCGAAUGGAUUGCUGCCGCGACAUACUGCACUUGUGAUGCUCUGAAAUACUGAACAAGUUGCCAGAUGAAGUGGUGAGUUUUUUAUCAACUUUUAACGAACUUCUGUAAGAUAAAAAUGUCAUGACGACGGGCGUUCGCGGGACGGGAAUGUGGAAAAUGACGUCAAAGAUGACGCUGGAAUUGACUUGAUUACGAAAGUGUAGAGUGUAAACGAUGAAAGUGUACAGAACAGAAGUGUAAACGAUGAAAGUGUAUGCGGAAGUGUAAACGAUGCAAGUGUAAAGAACGGAAGUGUAAACGAUGCAAGUGUAAAGAAUGCCUGAUCGGGAGACGGUUGGCCCUGGGACUGCAGGCAAUGGUUUCCUACCUCUACAGUUCCCAUCGGCUUUCGCUGCGUUCCACGCGACCACGCCCCCCACCGCUCCAGCCAUGCACCAUGCCACGCAUUAUCAUCAUCAUGCCCAGCUAGCAGCGGCUGCUGCGGCGGCUGCGGGCGCGACGAGCGAGCUGAGCUACCUCGCAGCCUUGCACCCUGCCUACAGACCUGUACCUUACGACCAUCCGCUAUAUGGUGCUAAUACUUUAAGAGGACUAGAAUAUUUAAGUGCCGCCAGAAGCUUGCAUCCCGAGCUCCACGCUGGAAGCACAUUAGCAAGUCAAGAAUUCCAACUCAGCUUGGACGGUUCAAGAAUAGCUUCGCCCAAUCGUCUCAGGUUAUCAGGGGGUGCAAUAGGCGCUUCAGCCAAUAGGAAACGUGCAGUAUCCUGGAGUCCAUACUCUGCCGAGUCUUUGGAUUUGGCUGCUGUGAUACGAGCCUCACCAGCUAGCUUGGCAGUCAGAGCACCUUCUGCAGCAUCCACUGGGAGCUAUGGACACCUUAGUGCUGGAGCGAUAUCUCCCGCGUUGUCUCUCUCGCACGCGUCACUGGCGCAGCAGCUGCUGGCGCGAGGUGGCGUGGGCGGCAGCGGAGUGCUCACGGGCAGUGUACUGCUGGAUCCAGCACAUCAGCAGGCGGCAGCCGCGGCGGCACACCACGCGGCGCACGCGCAUCUCGUCGCUGGUAUACAUAGAUCCCACAUAUCGUCGCCCACGCAGCUGCUGAUCGGCGCGCCGGUGGAGGUGCGGCAGGGGUUGAUGGACGGACAGCACAUGCAGCAGCAGCCUGAGAUCACCAGCAUCAUGGAGGCUGACAGUGCAUCAGCGCUGACCCAACGAAAGUCCCCUCCGAGCCACAUGUCACACCGGGAGGUGCACAGCAACAAGCCGUUGUCAGCUGCUGCAGAAAGCACCGUUCACGAUGGUCUCGACUCGAAGGACGAGCCUGGCGAUUUUAUUGAGACGAAUUGUCAUUGGGUUGACUGCAAACUAGAGUUUCCAACGCAAGACGAUCUCGUGAAGCACAUCAACACAGACCACAUUCACGCCAGCAAGAAGGCGUUCGUUUGUCGCUGGGUCGGGUGUUCCAGAGACGAGAAACCGUUCAAGGCUCAAUACAUGCUGGUCGUCCAUAUGCGCCGGCACACGGGGGAAAAACCCCAUAAAUGUACAUUCGAGGGCUGCUGCAAGGCGUACUCCCGGCUGGAGAACCUCAAGACCCACCUCCGCAGCCACACGGGCGAGAAGCCCUACACGUGCGAGUACCCCGGCUGCGCUAAAGCGUUCUCCAACGCCAGCGACCGAGCCAAGCAUCAGAAUAGGACGCAUAGUAAUGAGAAACCAUACGUGUGUAAGGCGCCUGGAUGUACGAAGCGAUAUACGGACCCAUCAUCAUUGCGAAAACAUGUAAAGACGGUCCACGGAGCAGAGUUCUAUGCGAGCAAAAAGCAUAAAGGUUGCAGCAGAGGCGACGAUUCAGCGGAAUCUGGUGGUGGAGGAGCUGGAUCCUCUCCACGAUCGGAGGAGGGUGGGGUACCGUUAGUCAGGGGGCACACCUCCUCCGCCUCCGUCAAGAGCGAGAGCCCCGCGUCUCCGCUCCCGCACGGCCUGCAUACGCCUGUACAUCAGUUGUCAGCCCAAUGUGGUGAACUGGACUUCGGUGGUGCUGGUCUCGGCGGUUUCAGUGACGAAAACGGAGCCCCUUACUUCAGACUCGAUGGAGAUGUCGAACAAGAAGUAGUGGGUGAGGUGGGUCAGCUACCCCUGAUGCUGCGAGCGAUGGUGGCGAUAGGCGAACCAAGAGCGCAGCACCACGCGCCGCGCUUCCACAAGAUGGGAGUGGGGCGUCUUAUGCCGCCAAUACAUUCAGCUGAUGUUGGUGGUGGUGGUAUUCCCGGACGCACGGAGGUUGGCAACACGAACGUGACGGUGGACCUUAAAACAGGUCCCAACGCACGACGAGACAGCGGCAUCUCUUCCGGCAGUAGUUUGUACAGUGCGAGUGUUACAAUCACCAGGUCCUCGGACAUCUCUCGAAAGAGCAGCCAGGCAUCAGUUGUGGGGCCCGCGGCGCGCCACCCCCACAUGUACGACCCAUUAUCACCCGAUAGCAGUAGAAGAUCAAGUCAAGUUUCCUGUGUCGGGUAUGCUCCACCUCCUUCAUCAGCCUUAGCGGCUGUUCAGGCUGUCAGAACAUCGCAGGGAAAUCAGGCUGUUUUGCUACGAGGCGUAACGUGUUCAGAAGUCAGGGCUGAGGAACUAGCUCUAGAAUUGGAUCCUAACAUCCAAGUAAAGGAAGAAGCAAGAAGAUUAUCAGAACAAUCUAACUUGAGUGACCAGACACAUGGCUACCCACCGUACCCUUGUAAUCCUGAAGAUUUGGGAGAUGCACCAUUCCCGUUCAAAACUGAAGAUGACCAUGAAGUGACUUACAAGGAGUCCAGGUCAAACUCUACAAACACUGUGGUCGUUACUACAGCCCAGGUCCAUCAUCCAAACCAAGAGGUUAAUCUGGAACAGGUGGCCGAAGGUGAAAUGGUGGAGAACAAGCUGGUGAUACCAGACGAAAUGAUGCAAUAUCUUAACCAAUCAAUAUUGGGAACCGACUCGGUAGCACCAGCCAAGACUGACUCCACCAAUCCCGACCACGAGAAAACGAAAAAAGCCGAACAAGACAAAACUACCAAAGACACUACAACCAGUGACGUUCAAAACACGAACAAUUCCAGUGACAAAAUCAGUGAUGUAGCUACUAGUGACGAUUCCCUACUCAAAAAUUUAGGUGCCAUAGGAAGUGAUCUCAACAUAAGUGAUAUUCAAGUCGAUUUAAGGUCAUUAGAUGUUAGUAUGUCUGGAAAUAGCGGCUCUCUUUUAGGAGUUAAGACCCCAGACGACAAAAACACUCCACUUCAGGAGCAGGUAAUACCAGAAGUUCCAGUGGAGAAAUGUGAAAAGGAGUUGACUAAACCGCCUCCAGUUGAAGUGAAAAUCAAUAAUCCUCUACAAUCAUUGCAAACAAUGACAGCAAACAAGACAGAACAAGCGAACAAAGCUAGAAACAAUAACAUACUACCUCAGAAACCUGCUAUGAGCCCUAAAACCACAGUAAUGAGCCCCCAAACUGUUAUGAGUCCCAACGUAGUUCAUAGCAUGCUCAGCCCUCAGAGUUUACCACAUAGUGCCAUGAGCCCCCAAAGUGUUAGGAGUCCACAGACAAUGCCUCACAGUGUCAUGAGUCCUCCAAGCGUUUACAAUAUUCUAAGUCCACAGAGCGUAAUGAGCGUCAUGUCACCUCAACACAAUGCCAUGAGCCCACAGAGCAUGCAAAGCAUCUUAAGUCCUCAAAUGCCUAACCAAAAUAUGAUGAUGAGCCCUCGACAUAAUAAUAUCGGUAGUCCUAUUUCCCAAAACAUGCCGAGCCCCAUGGUUAAUAUGGCGAGUCCUAUGGGACAAAAUAUAGCCAGUCCCAUGAGCCAUGGCAUGCCGAGCCCUAUGCACCCGGGACUGCAGAGUCCUAUUACGAGCCCUAUGAUACAAAAUAUGUCAAAUAUGUCAAUGAAUAGUAACCCAGUGCCAAAUCAAAAUCAAAACAUGAUGAUGAACUCGAAUAAUAUGAAUAUGAAUGGACCUUCGCAAAUGGCACCACCUCCACAAUAUCCACAAAACGCACAAAUCUGUAAUGCAAAAAUGCCAAACAAAAAUUACAAUAACGUUCCUAAUCAUUACCAGAAUCAAAAUUACAUGCAGGCACCAACGUAUCCCGUUCAAAAUCCUGUAAACGGUAUGAGAAACCAGAACAUGCCUUACCAAGCAAUGCAUGGAUACAAUCAGAAUCCAAUGUCAGGUAUGCAAAACAUGCAAAUGCAAAGCAUGCCAGGUAUGCAAGGAAUGCCAGCAAUGAACAUGAAUCAGCAGAAUAUGGCAUAUAACAACCAUAUGAUGAAUUACCAGCAACAUCCAAAUUAUCAGCAUCCUAAUAACCAAAUGCACCAGAUGCAGAUGUCACGAGGUUCCAUGAUGAGUGUAGACAACAGUGGAAAUAUGAGUAGAGGAGCAAUGAACAGCUACUGUGAACAGCAAAACGCAUGCCCACCUAUGCAAAACAACGCGGCUAUGCAGUAUAAUCAAAAUAUGCAAUAUCAACAACCACCUGCAUACAACUCUGUUGUGAAUGCUGCAAACGUUAUGGGGCCACCGCCGCCGAAAAACAACCAUCAGUACAACCAAGCUAUGAUGAACAAUAACCAAUAUUACAACCAGCAGAGGCCGUACAACCAAUGGGAUUAUCCAGGUAACCAGUACAACAAACAUAACAUGCAGAAAUCUGGACAAAAUUCCGUGAAUAUGUCUAUUGGGAGUCAGAAACAGAAUGGGCAUGUAAAAAAUGUGAAUGAACAGACAGAUUGCAGCAUGAACAGUUUAAGAGGCCAAAACAACCAGGCCAGUGAGGUUCAAGUGUGGGACAUAUCCCAGUCCCAAAUAGAAGCGACGAACGGCAGAAAGAAGAACACGCAAAGCAAUAUGCGGCAAGAGACAUAUCAGAGAACGUUAGAGUAUGUGGAGAAUUGUGAGAAUUGGAAGAGUUCUGAGACUGUAUCGAGUACGACCCAUCCAGUACAAGGAGGUGAUAACAUGGUUGUGAACGAUCUCCAAACUUCGUUGUCUUCGUUUUAUGAAGAAAAUCAAUAUUUGCAAAUGAUACAAUAGAAAUAGAUUUAGUAAUUUUGAUACUGUAGUUAGCUGUUUGACGAGACUGAUUUAUUGAUUAAUUUUAAGUCUAAAUUUCUUCCUGAACCAGUCAAUUUUUCAUUGCAUUUACAAAGAUUUAGUCUUCAACCUAAAAAUUGUUUAUUUUACUUGUUAAAUUUCAUGAAAACCUAAUAGUUUGCAGACGUUGCUCUUAAAAAAAUACAUAUCAUAUUAUGACACAUCAAUUUUCUUAUCUUCUACUGAAGUAUUGAGUUCAGAUACACUUACUCUCAUAACCAAAAGACACAACCUUGUACAUAAACUUUAUGAUAGUUUCUCGUCUUCCUUAUCAAAACCA